GACGCCGGCUGUGCGAAUUUUCCGAACUGACUGCCACACUUAUCCGCUUGCAUUCGUUACUCUUCUCUCGUUUCUUAGAAACUGCGAUACAUUGUUUUUUUGUUUUAACAAAAUUUCAAGUGACAAUGGCAUCAUCAUCAAUGGAUGUAGAGGAAGAAGAGGUUGAAAUGCCGACUUCGAGUAAUGCUAAAGGAGAAAAGAAACGUUUUGAAGUGAAAAAGUGGAAUGCUGUUGCUCUUUGGGCUUGGGAUAUUGUUGUUGAUAACUGCGCUAUUUGUCGUAAUCACAUCAUGGACCUCUGCAUCGAAUGCCAAGCUAACCAAGCUUCUGCCACCAGUGAGGAGUGCACCGUUGCCUGGGGUGUAUGCAAUCAUGCAUUCCAUUUCCACUGCAUAUCUCGAUGGCUAAAAACCAGGCAAGUCUGCCCUCUUGACAAUCGUGAAUGGGAGUUUCAGAAGUAUGGUCGUUAGCCCAAUUUUGCCAUCAAAUAUUUUUGUAUGUGAUUUCCAAGUUCAAGCAGAUAUGAUAAAGUAUCAGAGAAAAAAUUGCGUUAUCUGUUUAACAGUUACACUGUGGUUAGUAUUAAUUGUAAAACUAUUUUGUAACUUUAUCUUCAUUUCUGCUCUUUUAAAGAUUUUUCUUUCAUACGUGUACAAUACACUAUAAUAAAUUACUCUUUAUAUAUACUUUAUUUUCAUUUCAAACAAGUUUGACAAAUCCAAUUACAUGUAAAUAUUUCCAGAUGUAAGAAUAAAUAUGAUAUAUGCAUUAUUU